GCUAGUCUUUGCUAUAGGAGGACGAUCUCUUAGGCAGGGUUCUUGAGUUUUUUUGGAACUCAAGAACCGUAAAUGGCUGUGAUUGGGCUCUAAAUAGUCGUAAUGAUACUGGCCUGCUGGUCUUGACCAGAAUUAUUGUAAGCGAUAUAUAAAAAAUACAUUUGAUGGCAAAAAGCGUAACAAGAAAUUCCUCCGUCAUCAAGAUAAUCACUUCGGCUUUAAUCAACAGCACAGAUGAUUACAUUGUUGCAGACAGUGAAUGGUCUAAUGGUUGUCGAUCAGAUUUAGUACUGGAGCCAAAAUCCCUGUCCAGUGAUUUAUCCCCUAUCAUCAUUGAAUUUCAACAAUCAGUCAACAACGUAUUUAUGAAACGUGCCACUGAAUACGCUUUACAAGCUUUUAAACGUUACCAAGUCGAUCCAAUCGUAUUGAUUAUUUGCAUGAAUAACGUUUCCAGUGACAUAGAAUCAUUAACCACACCAAGCAAUAUCCUUGGAUGUCGUUCUUAUCCUUCCCACAAUUGGGCUAGAAAUGGAAAUGUCUAGAACUCAAAGGAUGAUCGAUUUUUCUUUUCUAUAAAAUCUGCUUUACUAUCAUUACAAGCUAGUACUACUGGAGGGCAGAUAGACAACUACAAAGCUCUGACUGCUUGCUUGAAAGGUUUUGCAAGUGUUUCUAUUUUAAGUAAAGGCCCAAACAUUAUAGAAGAUGAAACAAACAAUUAAAUCAUUCUGACAUAAGCUUGUUUCUGGAUGAUAAGAAAUCAUCCUGACAUAAGCUCUUGUUUAUCUAUAAAUAAAG